AUGAGUGAAGGCAGAACAGCCGGCAGAGAGGCAGACAGAGAGGCAGGCAGAAAGGAAGAUGGAAAGCAAGGCGGAGGGCAAGACGGAAAGCAUGACGGAAAGCAAGGUUUUCCCGGCUCCGGACAUGUUGCAAAGCAGCUUCACAAAAAGUGGCAGAACCUCGCCGCUAGGCUUUUCCUGCUCGAGUCGAGCGACUUGACCGUGGUCCAAUAUUGGAAUCUGACAAGGAAUAUGCAGAUGCAGUUUCCCGUCUGCGCCCUCGAGACUGCCCAGAGGCGCAGAGCCUCCGAGGGCGAGUUCGACCAGCUCGCCCUCAAGGUCAGCAGGGACCUCAACAUCGUCAAAGAAACCAUCAUGACGCGAACCGAUGGCCAUGAGGCGGAUGCGAUCCGUGCUGGCGAGAAAGAGUCUGUCGAUUGGCUGGUCGACGGCGUUGAACUGGCGACCGUUAAUGGCGAAUUGCCACGGGCCGGAUAG